GGCAGGGCUGGGCCUCCCUUUCUGUCUGCCCCUUCACCUCCGUACAGAAAGCUCUGGCGCCCUGACCUGGGUGCUUCCAGUGGGCAGGAUGGAGGACGAGGAAGGCCCUGAGUAUGGGAAGGCUGACUUUGUGCUUUUGGACCAACUGACAAUGGAGGACUUCAUGAAGAACCUACAGCUCAGGUUUGAGAAGGGCCGUAUCUAUACCUACAUCGGUGAGGUGCUGGUAUCCGUGAACCCCUACCAGGAGCUGCCACUGUAUGGACCAGAGGCCAUUGCCAAGUACCAGGGCCGUGAGCUCUACGAGCGGCCACCCCAUCUUUACGCUGUGGCCAAUGCUGCCUACAAGGCAAUGAAGCGUAGAUCCAGGGACACCUGCAUCGUCAUCUCAGGGGAGAGUGGGGCAGGGAAGACAGAAGCCAGCAAGCAUAUCAUGCAAUACAUCGCUGCUGUCACCAACCCAAGCCAGAGGGCUGAGGUGGAGAGGGUAAAGGAUGUGCUACUGAAGUCCACCUGUGUGCUGGAAGCCUUUGGCAAUGCCCGAACCAACCGCAACCACAACUCUAGCCGCUUCGGCAAGUACAUGGACAUCAACUUCGACUUCAAGGGGGAUCCUGUUGGAGGACACAUCCACAGCUAUCUGCUGGAGAAGUCUAGGGUCCUCAAGCAGCAUGUGGGUGAGAGGAACUUCCACGCCUUCUACCAGUUGCUUAGGGGAAGUGACGACCAAGAGCUGCAAGGACUGCAUCUGGAGAGGAAUCCUGCUGUGUAUAAUUUCACACGCCAGGGAGCUGGGCUCAGCAUGGGUGUGCACAAUGCCUUGGAUAGUGAUGAGAAGAGCCACCAAGCCGUGAUAGAGGCUAUGAGGAUCAUUGGCUUCAGUCCUGAGGAGGUGGAGUCCAUCCAUCGGAUCCUAGCUGCCAUACUGCACCUGGGAAACAUCGAGUUUGUGGAGACGGAGGAAAAUGGGCCGGAGAAAGGAGGCCUGGCAGUGGCGGAGGAGGCCCUGGUGGACUAUGUGGCCAAACUAACAGCCACACCCAGGGAUCUUGUUCUUCGAACCUUGCUGGCUCGUACAGUGGCUUCCGGAGGCCGAGAACUCAUAGAGAAAGGCCAUACUGCGGCAGAGGCCAGCUAUGCCCGGGACGCCUGUGCCAAGGCAGUGUACCAGCGGUUGUUUGAGUGGGUUGUGGACAGAAUAAAUGGCAUCAUGGAACCCCGGGGCCGUGACCCUCGGCGUGACGGCAAGGACACAGUCAUUGGUGUGCUGGACAUCUAUGGCUUUGAGGUCUUCCCUGUCAACAGCUUUGAGCAGUUCUGCAUCAACUAUUGCAACGAGAAGCUCCAGCAGCUCUUCAUCCAGCUUAUCCUGAAGCAAGAGCAAGAGGAGUAUGAGCGCGAGGGCAUCGCCUGGCAGAGCAUUGAAUACUUCAACAACGCCACCAUCGUGGAACUAGUCGAGCGGCCCCACCGAGGCAUCCUGGCCGUGCUAGACGAGGCCUGCAGCACAGCAGGCCCGAUCACUGACCGCAUCUUCCUGCAGACCCUGGACACACAUCACCGCCACCACCCGCACUAUUCUAGCCGCCAGCUUUGCCCUACAGAUAAAACCAUGGAGUUUGGCCGAGACUUCCGGAUCAAACACUAUGCAGGGGAUGUCACGUACUCUGUGGAGGGCUUCAUUGACAAGAAUAGAGAUUCCCUUUUCCAGGACUUCAAACGGCUGCUGUACAAUAGUGCAGAUCCCACCUUGCGGGCCAUGUGGCCAGAUGGGCAACAGGACAUUACAGAAGUAACCAAGCGCCCCCUGACAGCUGGCACACUUUUUAAGAACUCCAUGGUGGCCCUAGUGGAGAACUUGGCUUCCAAGGAGCCCUUCUAUGUGCGUUGCAUCAAGCCCAAUGAAGACAAGGUGGCUGGGCGGCUCGAUGAAGCCCACUGUCGCCACCAGGUUGCAUACCUGGGGCUCCUGGAGAAUGUGAGGGUUCGCAGGGCUGGCUUUGCUUCCCGCCAGCCCUACCCUCGAUUCCUACUCAGGUACAAGAUGACCUGCGAGUACACGUGGCCCAACCACCUGCUGGGCUCCGAUAAGGAGGCCGUGAAUGCCCUGCUGGAGCAGCAUGGGCUGCAAGGGGAUGUGGCCUUUGGCCACAGCAAGCUCUUCAUCCGAUCCCCAAGGACGCUGGUCACUCUGGAGCAAAGUCGAGCUCGCCUCAUCCCCAUCAUUGUGUUAUUGCUGCAGAAGGCGUGGCGUGGCACCCUGGCUAGGUGGCGCUGCCGGCGGCUAAGGGCCAUCUACACUAUCAUGCGCUGGUUCCGGAGGCACAAGGUGCGUGCUCACCUGAUUGAACUGCAGCGGCGGUUCCAGGCUGCACGGAAGCCCCCACUCUACGGCCGUGACCUUGUAUGGCCACCACCUCCUGCUGUGUUGCAGCCCUUCCAGGACACUUGCCACGUUCUCUUCAGCAGGUGGCGGGCACGGCAGUUAGUGAAGAACAUUCCUCCUUCAGACAUGACCCAGAUCAAGGCCAAGGUGGCCGCGAUGGGGGCCUUGCAAGGAUUGCGCCAGGAUUGGGGCUGCCAGCGGGCCUGGGCCCGAGACUACCUGUCCUCUGACACUGACAACCCCACAGCUUCUCAUCUGUUUGCUGAGCAACUAAAAGGUCUUCGGGAGAAGGAUGGUUUUGGGUCCGUGCUUUUUUCCAGUCACGUGCGCAAGGUGAAUCGCUUCCGCAAGAGCCGGGACCGGGCCCUCCUGCUCACAGAUCGGCAUCUCUACAAACUGGAGCCUGGCCGACAGUACCGGGUGAUGCGGGCUGUGCCCCUGGAUGCGGUGACAGGGUUGAGUGUGACCAGUGGACGAGACCAGCUGGUGGUGGUACACGCCCAAGGCUAUGAUGACCUUGUAGUGUGUCUACACCGUUCCCAGCCACCACUCGACAACCGUAUUGGGGAGCUGGUCGGCAUGCUGGCUGCACACUGCCAAGGGGAGGGGCGAACCCUGGAGGUCCGUGUUUCUGACUGUAUCCCACUGAGUCAACGUGGUGCCCGGCGCCUCAUCUCUGUGGAGCCAAGGCCAGAUCAGCCUGAGCCAGAUUUCAAAUGUAGCCGCGGUGCCUUUACCCUCCUCUGGCCAAGCCACUGAGCCAGCCCAAGCCAGUCUAGCUUGGUUUCCACACAGUUCUAAAAACACCCGGCCUUGCCUUGGCCACACCAAAGGCCAGGACUUGUCCACCCCUGCCUGGAACAUCACACAAUAAAGAUGCUAUAUUUGUGUCUAA